AUGCUGUCGAUAAAAGCCAGAGUGGCUACUGCAUCGGCUACAUCAGCCGCAGCAACAACAACAGCAACGACUAUGACGUCAUUUUCAAUAGCAACAGUGACGUCAUUUUCAAUAGCAACAGUGACGUCAUUAACGACGACAACAUUGACUGCAAUAGCAGCAGCUGCAACGACAACAACAACAACAUCGGCGCCUCUUAUAAAUGGCCCUCAUAUAUAUUGCACAUGCUCGCAUAGGAGAUCCAACGACAAAUUUUCCAACAAUUUCAAUAACUCCAGCAACAGCAACAACAACAGCAACAGCAACAGCAUCGGCAACUUCACAGACAAUAUCAGCAACAUUUUCGGCAAGAAUGAAGACGACGUCAACUUAUAUAACUAUAACAACACGGUGGAACGAAAUUUAAAUUGCCAGCGAGGCAAUAGCCAUGUACGUGCUUGCCACACUACGUCUUACGGUGCAACUAACAACCACAAAAUCAUUCACACUAACAACAACAACCACGACAAUGAUAACAACAACAACAACAACAAGUCUGAUUACCGUAUGGAGAAUCUAAACAAUGGGUUGUACUCAAAAACCAACAACAUCAACAUAAAACAUUUCAGCUAUCUAGUAUUCAACAACAACAACAACAAAACUUUCAACAGCAGCAGCAGCAGCAACAACAAAAACAGCAUCCGCACAUUCAUAUUAACGAGAAAAUCAACAGCCCUAUUUACCAACGACAAAACACAUUUGAAAUGCACCAACAUUAUCGGCAAUGUCAACAACAACAACAACAACUGCAACAACAACACCCUCAACACCAACAUCAACAACAACGACAUUCUCUGA